AUUUAUCGAUCAAAUUAUCGACUUAAGGUUGAAAUAACCUGACUUGAUUUUCAGUAUCUGGCAGAAUUCAACCGAUCGCUUUAAACUUGUAAAAUAAUUUAUAAUUUCCAUUAGCAAUUAUUUUUCUAAAAUGAGAAUGUUAAUUGCACUAGUAUUGUUAAAUGUCAGUUGGAUUAUAUCGGUCCAUGGUAAUUCUUUAGUUUAUGGCCCAACUACUCCGAUCUUUCUUGUAGAACCAGAUCGUACAGGACAAUACAUUAAAGUCAGCAGGCAAGAAAAUGUUCUUACAAGUCUCGAAUCUAAGUAUUCAAAGGGUGGUGCAUUGCAGCCGAAAAUGCUGCUAGUUUAUGACUACUGGGAUUUUAAAAAAUAUGGUCAAAAAAAAUGUAUUCAAAAGGCGAAAAAAACCAUAAAUUUCAUCAACUCAUAUUAUGAAGAAUUAAAGUCCAAUCUAAAAAUUGAAGUAGUGUUGACAGGAAUUGCUUUUAUAACGGUCCGAAAAGUUUAUCCGAGACCGUCUGUUUUUCAAGUUUCAAAAAAAGAUUUUUUGAAAAGUCAUUUAUUGACCGAGAAAUACAUAAUCGACGAUCAACUUCGAACGGGAGAUUGGCGUGAUUUUUCUAUAGCUAGUAAGGAAUUACAAAGAUUUUCAGAGUGGUUCAGAAAUAACAAAGACCAGUUCGAACGCUUGAACUACGAUUUCUUCCUUUACUCCUUUCCAUGGUACAUGGCUGAUGACGCGACACCAGAUGUACAAAAACAUUUGGUUAUGAGCUUGUCAGAACGAAAACUUUGCACUGUAAACCCAGGUCUUCUGGUCAACAAUUUGAUUGGUGACGAACACCCAGCGUACCCUGUAGAGAUUUCUUAUCUAUUGGGAGUUACUCAUCCCCAGGACAGACAUGAUAGCCACUAUUUUACUUCAAAUUUCAAAUUUUUGUAUGAUGUAAAAGAUGAUUGGCAGCAACGCACGAUUAGAGUUCUUUUCAAUAACUCAAAAAAUGAUGCUUACUUUUGCAUAAAAAACACUGCUCCGGAUUACGAUGAAUAUGAAGAUAACAACGUAUAAUGCCUUGAUAGUUUAUACAGUAUUGACUUUCCAAAUUACGCACUUUAAUUGGUGAAUAAAUGAAG